GUUUGUCGUUGCCGCCAGUUUUUCUCUUCUUCAAAAGCUCAAACAAAUACAAACUCCUACAGUUCAAAAGUUAGGGCUUUCUUGCUUUGCCCUGACGCAGACGCAGAGGAAGGGCGCUCCCUCUUCCGAACAAUCUCUCUCUCUCUCUCGGUGUCGGGUUCUUUUUUUAUUCCAUUAAGUGCUGCUGCUGUGAGCUGGGUUGAGCAUUAUGUCUUCAUCUGAAUUGCUGAGCUACUUGUUUGCCGUGGGUAUCUGGUGUACUGCGUACAUUGCAGUAGCUGUCCUCCAGUCGUUUCGCAUCUUUCAGAACCUCUGCUGAAUCUUCGUUCCUCUAUGUUGAAUUCGGUUCUACCUUGCAUUUCGAUUGCACCACCAUGGGCUAUGCACAGCUGGUUAUUGGCCCUGCGGGCAGCGGGAAGUCGACUUACUGCUCCAGCCUCUACCAAUACGGUCAAACAAUUGGGUGGACUAUACAUAUUAAUCUAGAUCCUGCUGCGGUGAAUUUUGACUAUCCUGUGGCCAUAGAUAUUAGAGAGUUCAUUUCCUUGGAUGAUGUCAUGGAGGAAUUAGGGCUAGGCCCAAAUGGUGGCCUUAUUUACUGCAUGGAACAUCUUGAAGAAAACCUGGACGAUUGGUUAACUGAAGAACUGGAAAAUUUAUUGGAUGAUGAUUACUUGGUUUUUGACUGUCCAGGCCAGAUAGAGUUGUUCUCGCACGUACCAGUGCUGAAGAAUUUUGUUGAGCACUUACAGCGGAAGAACUUCAAUGUCUGUGGUGUAUACUUGCUUGAUUCUCAGUUCAUUUCCGAUGUGACCAAAUUCAUAAGUGGGUGCAUGGCCUCUCUCUCUGUAAUGGUCCAACUUGAACUGCCUCAAGUGAAUAUCUUGUCCAAAAUGGAUCUCGUGAAGAACAAAAGGGAUAUUGAAUACUAUUUGAAUCCAGAGCCUCAAAUUCUUCUGUCAGAGUUGAACCUGCGGAUGGCUCCUCAGUCUGAGAAGUUAAAUAAAGCUUUGGCUGACCUGUCUGUUUUAGGUGGAUGAGUACAGCACGGUCAGCUUUGUGCCCCUCGAUCUGAGGAAGGAAAGCAGCAUACGGUAUGUUUUGUCUCAGAUCGACAACUGCAUUCAGUACGGAGAAGAUGCAGAUGUGAAGGUCAAGGAUUUCGAUCCCGAUGACCCUGAUGAUGAUGCUGAUUAAUUACCUCAAAGCUUAAGGCUCUAGCAAUGUUCCAUUUCCCUUUUCUGGAUCCUGCCUAAGGGUCAUAUUUCAUCGCAUGCGCAAAACAGGAGUGCAGAUGAGUGAACAAACGCAAACCCUAUCACAUUGUGUAAAUAAUAUAUACUAUACAUACAACCACUUCGGGUUUUCGGGCAAUCUGUGGUAACUGCCAGUUUGCUUGAUUAAUGAAACUACUUUUAUGAACCAAACUCUUCUAUCCGC